AAUGCAAAAGAACCUCCAUUGAUUCAAAAUCACACAACCCAUUUGCUGAUUUUUGUUUCUUCCCAUUCCCUUUUCCACAAAUCACCCAGAUUCAUUUCAAUUCCAAUAGCCUCAACACUGAGGCUUUUUCUGUUCUUCAAUCUUUUGAGGGGUUUUUCAUUUGAUUCUGUAUCAAAAUCAUAUAUAUAUAUAGAUGUUGGAAUCAUCAAAAAUCAUGAGUUCAAAUAGGAUUUCGAGAUUUGGGUUCGUUCUAUUGGUGAUUUUUGGUAGGUUAACAUGCGCAAAUGAAAGCCCUAGGGUUUGUAAUUCUAUUUGUCCCCCCAAAUCGAUCAAGGAUUCAAUCUUCAGUUUUCAAGUUCCGGUUUGUCCCUUGAAUCGGAUGGAUAAUUCUUUCGGUGUUAUUGAGGGAGACGAGACGUCAUUGCAAAAGGCGUUGAGCAAGGUUCACAGGAAUGCUCAAGAUUACGUUGUGGUGCUCUUCUAUGCGUCCUGGUGUCCCUUCUCAAUAACAUUUAGACCAAGUUUAUCAGUGAUGUCUUCCUUGUAUCCUUCAAUCGCUCAUUUUGCAAUCGAAGAAUCCGUCAUAAGGCCAAGCAUACUUUCGAAAUAUGGAGUUCAUGGGUUUCCUACUCUCUUUGUCUUGAACUCAACAAUGCGUGUGCGCUAUCAUGGCUCCCGCACUCUUGGUUCGCUUGUGGAUUUCUACAGUAACGUUACAGGUAUUAAAGCGGAAUCUGUGGAUGAAAAAUCGGUAGGCGAGACAGUAUGCACUUUAGAGCACGAGAACCGAGACAACAAUGAGCCAGAAAGUUGUCCGUUUUCAUGGGCACGGUCCCCAGAAAACAUGCUUCGACACGAAACGUAUUUGGCGUUAGCCACCAUAUUCGUGAUUCUGAGGUCGGUUUACCUGAGUUAUCCGUUUAUCGUGAUAUGUGCUCGAGUGAUUUGGAGGAGAAGGUUCGUAAACAUACGGUUCAAGAGUUUGUGGGACCGUCCUUUCGCGUACUUGAAACGUGCGAUACAGUUAUUCAGGUCGCUCACCGAGCCUUGCAAGCGAAGCAAUCUGCAUGGAGCGAUGAACGCCAAGGCUGCAUGGGCGUCAAAGUCGUUGGCUUCGGUUUCUUUUGGGGAGGCGAGCGGUGACGGAUCGGGAAGUUAAACCAACUGUGGAAUUCCCUUGGGAUUUUAUCUUGGUUCUUGAUAGGGAAGUUUUAUGUGAAAUGUAGAUUACAAUUUGUUUGAUAGAAAAGAGCUGUAACAAGUUUUUAUGUGUCCUUCCUUUUGUACUUUUUCCUUUUUUCCUCUCAUCUUUUACAAGCAGAAGGUUUUCACGAAAACAACUGUUCUACUAAUUUGGAUAGAUGUCAGAUCUGUAUACAUUGCAACUCAGAAU